AAAGCUAACUUGAUAUACGGGUGUUUUUUAUAAGCAAAUCUGCCAUAUCACUGUUUUUCUUGAGCUGAGAAUUUCGGAUAGGCACACAUUUUAUUUCACAAGACCCGAUUUGGUGACAUAAAAUAGCAAUUUCGGUUUAAAAACGUCUACGUUGGCUGAUACCUGUGUUUUCUGUGUUCUACGUAACGUUACCAGGAUCUACCAUGGGAAAAUCCAAACAAGUAGGAAACCACAAAAGUGACAAGAAGAAGCACAUUUCAAAGACAUGGAAGACAAAGCGCAGGACUAAAGACCUGGACCAGAUCCACUCAGACAUGAAGCCUGACACAGCAACCAAGCUUCUAAACCAGGAGGUGGACUACGAUGUGACAGGAUGUGCACAACACUACUGCUUACACUGCGCGAGAUAUUUCACGGAUAUGAGAUCCUUAAAAGAGCACUUCAAAACUAAAGGGCACAAGAAACGGUUGAAACAGCUCAGAGAGGAACCCUACACACAGGCAGAGGCAGAGAGAGCAGCAGGUAUGGGCUCAUACAUCACUCCAAAAAAAGUAGAAGUGAAGACACAGGCAGUGGAAGAGGACAUGGACUGAGAGCUGCCCACUUUAACCCAUGGACUGAUCAACAGAAUCUUAUUUUACAAAAUGAAUAAUGCUUCUAUUAUUCCUUUGCUGUCACAAAUGUUGAUGAGUGCAUUGUUAAAUGCUGUUUGUGUGACACGCUUAAUUUGUCCAACUCGUUACAGCUGUUAGACUUCUGGCUAUCACCAGAAUCAGGAACACCUUACCCUUUAUACUGGGUAAUGUAAUGCAACAUGUACCAAUGUAAAUAUUGAGUAUGUGUAGAACUGUGUGGACUGCUAAUAAACUAUAACAUGGAGUGGA